AUGGACUGUCUACCCACAUUGCCGGUCUCAGCAGAUGGUGGUGCUGGUGGCUGGGGGCAGUGGUCGGCAUGGUCAGCGUGUCCCGCUCCGGCACAUUGCUCCACGCGCACGCGCAGUAGACACCGCUUUUGUGACUCCCCUCCACCUGCUUACGGUGCCAAGUUCUGUGAGGGUCAAGCAGUCGAGCUGGCAGCAUGUGAGUGUGCAGCGCAACCUUGGGCUGGAGACUCCUCGAUGGUGGUAGCAGAAGUUGGUGCCAGGUGUCGAUGUGGUUGUGUACUGCACCUCGCACCCACUGCCAGGCUGCUGGCCGGUUCCGCUAGAGCCUGUCCUGCUCGAUCAUUCUGGCUUCUAAGGGCUGAAGAAGGUCUGGUAGUCAGACUUCGUAUGGAGGCAGUGAGACUACCGUGUGCUGGACAAUCGCUGAGGGCCAGAGAUGGUGACUCUUUGGGCUCACCACUCCUGGCUUCCUGGGAUGGACCUGACAGUACUGCUGUGACAUCUGGUGACGUGGAGACCACGACAGAUGGUAGUGGCGUGAUGGAGAUAGCUGGAGGUCGUCACAUACUGGUGGAGCUGCGGUCUGGGGACACCAGCGACCGGUGUGCUGGCGGGUUCCUUGCCCAUGCCACGCAAAUAGAACCGAUUCGCAAUGCGUCAGCAGCAUGGGCUUCAGUGAGUGGUGGGAUGUGGUGGCGAGGUGGUAGUGGUGCGAGGGAGGCUGCCGUGGCACUCGCAGCCGCUGCAGCGCUGGCUGCACUGUGCCUGGCGCUGCAUUCUGCGCACCGCACCAGAGCUUACCAGCGCGCUGCUGAUAAAGAGUCGCUCACCGACAGUGACGCAUGUUCAGCGUCACUGGAGUUAGGUGGAGCACCAACAGGGUCGCGCAGCACUCUUCUAUCCGAAGUGGUGGGUGGUGGCGUGUCACUGCGGAGACUGCUCCCUUCUGGAAAGACCAGGCACACGAGGCUACGGGACUCUGACAGGCAUUCUGAAAACGUGGAACAGAGGGAUGAAGAGGAUCCCGGAACUGAUAUUGAAGCAGAACCAGACAACACAAGCGUUGCGAGUGCAGAAAGUGUUGCCAGUCAAGCGACAGUCACUCCUGAGACGGUGUCGUCUAGCAGUGCUCCUGUUACUGGCAACAUUCCACCUUCACCACUUCGGAGAUCUCAUACUGUAUCUGUGACUAAUGUCUCGCAUACACAUGUGCCACAGGUUACUUCACCACCUCAGUCGACAACUGACUCUUUGGUGGUUGAAAUGAGCACCAGCGUGAGCAGUGUAAGUGAAAGGGACAGCUGUAGCGAGAAAGAUAGAGACAGCUGCAUGUGGGACAAGGAUAGAAGCGAGAGCAGAGCAUCGUCGUCAACAUCUGCUGCAACAUUGACUAACGGCUGGUAUUCACCAGCUCUUAGCGGUGUAUCUGCAGCCAAGAUCAGGGACAACCCAAAGCACACCAAAGAAUCUUGCAACCGUCGCCUAUUAAGGUCAGAUCUCAGCCUGACCUCACACCCGGAGAUGGAAAUCGACUAUUAUGACUAUGAAGUUAAUAAUGCUGGUUCAGUUCCUGGCUCAUAUUUGGGAAUGGAUCCAGCUUUCCUAGUUUGGAUCCCACCGCUUGAAGAAGGCGAUAUUCUAAAGGAGAUUGAUGAAAACAAAGUGCCAAUAUAUGAGGAAAUUUUACCAAAGGAUCUGCAUCCUGACCCUGGAAGCAACACUGAGUCACCUGAAGAUAGACCCUCAUCGAGCACUCUCAAGAGGAACCCUGACAACCGCAUCAAUAGAUCAAACGAAUCCAUCAAAUCAUUCCGCAAAGUUAUCGAAAAGGGAAACAUAAUACACCCGUUAAACUUUAGCAUAAGUGAUUUGCAAAACUCGCCUAAAAUGACAAAGAGGAAUAAGAAGAAGAAAGCUGAAAGUCCCGUGACGAUACAAAUGAAAGAUUUGACGCUAACACGAUCUCCAGUGAGAGUGCAUAGAAAAGAGAAUCGAAGUGACUACGAUACGUCGACAUUAAAAAGGGUAAAUGAGGCCAAAGAAAAAGAUUCUGGGACACUGAAAAGAAAUGAUUUCUCAGAUAUAAAAUUCGCUGAUGAAAAUUCAGAUUCGUCAAGCGAAAUUAAAUUUGCCGAUGAUUCACCGGAUAGCAAUAGGAUUGUUGAUAAAUAUAAUGUUAAAACUUAA